CUCCAUAACCACUUUUUCCCUCCCUUUCUCUUCAGCUCAAACAAUUCCACAAUUCUUUGCCUUUUAUCAAUCUAAAAAAACCGCAAGAACUUCCCCUGAUUUCCUGAUCAAAUUCAUGCCGCCUUUUAGCUUUAUCUCCUUGUUUUAUUUUUCCUUUUUUGAGAAUUGAUUUUGCCUGGACGUAGUAGUGUUUUAACAUGUUUCAAAAAUUGAAAUUGGUGCUAAAAGCUGCCAAUUUUUAACAUGUUGUCGAUAGCGCUAUUAUCAAUACAGAGCUGGUUUGUUCGGAUGUGGAAGUGGGUGAGGGUAGGGGCUUUGGGGAUUUACAUAGAGGAAGGCAAAUUGAAUGUGGAGAAGGCUAAGAAUGAGCUAAUGGGAUUCAGUUAUUUAGAUUUAUGCAGUUUCUGUAUGGAAUUCAUAUAUUUUUGAGUCAUUGGUGUAUCAUGAUGUGGUGAAUUGAAUUGCAGUGACAUUCUUGAUAAUGAGCUAAAUCACUUACUGUAAUCUACCUCUUCUGUAAAUCUUAACAUACAAGUUUGUGCCUUUUGUAAAAGAUAUACUCCGGUACGUGCUUUUACACCUUCUAUCACCGCCUUGUAUAUGCCUGUGUGCAUAACUGUGAAUGUGGUGGUUAUUUUUUGAGUCCAGUGACAAAAGGGGAGUAUGGGAAAUCAUCGAAUAAAGCACAAUCUAACUACUUAUCUGAUAUAUACUGCUCCUUUUUCUUUUUUUCUUGUGGCAGUGAAAUGAAAACUGAAUGCAUUAUCAAAGUUCAAAAUCAUGUUUAAUUUUACAGGUCACUAGACAACGGCUUAUUGCAGGAAAACAGGUUGUUUUUAUGGAUAUAGAUCUUAGGUUGCCUUCUGGAGAGCAUGAUAAGGAUUUGGAAGAGCCUAAUGGAAUUGUUAAUAUGCUAGAUGGGGAAGAGAAGCCCCUUAAUGUAGAUGGAGUGGGUGAGAGUAUGGGAGAGGAGGACAAGCUGCACAUUGAAGAUGUUGAUGAUGUGAAUUCUCCCUUACCCGAUAUAGAUUUUAAAGAUCUGACGAUUCUUGAGCCACUUCCUGGUAUGGAAUUUGAGUCUCACGGGGACGCCUAUGCUUUCUAUCAGGAAUAUGCUAGAUCCGUGGGAUUUAAUACUGCGAUUCAGAAUAGCCGCCGUUCAAAAACAUCAAGGGAAUUCAUCGAUGCAAAAUAUGCAUGUUCUAGAUACGGAACAAAGCGUGAGUAUGAGAAAUCUUUGAACCGUCCACGCAGUAGACAAGGAACCAAUCAGGAUUCUGAGAAUGCUACAGGUCGUCGAGCAUGUUCCAAGACAGAUUGUAAAGCAAGUAUGCAUGUUAAGAGAAGGUCCGACGGGAAAUGGAUAAUCCAUAGAUUUGAGAAAGAGCAUAACCACGAACUUUUACCUGCCCAAGCUGUAAGUGAACAGACCAGAAGGAUGUAUGCUGCAAUGGCUAGACAGUUCGCUGAAUAUAAAAGUGCAGUCGGUCUUAAACAUGAAUCCAGAGGCCAAUUUGAAAAGGGCAGGAGUAUGGCAAUGGAUGCAGUGGAGGCGAGUGCUAUGCUUGAGUUUUUUGUCCAUAUGCAGACUCUAAAUUCAAACUUCUUUUAUGCAGUGGAUGUUGGUGAGGAUCAACGCCUGAAGAGUCUAUUUUGGGUUGAUGCCAAAAGCAGGCAUGACUAUCCUAAUUUCAGCGAUGUCGUAUCCUUUGAUACGAGCUAUAUCCGAAACAAGUAUAAAAUGCCUCUAGCUCUUUUUGUUGGGGUCAAUCAGCACUAUCAGUUCAUGCUACUCGGAUGUGCUUUGCUGUCUGAUGAAAACGUAGCGACAUAUUCAUGGGUCAUGAGAAUGUGGUUGAAGGCUAUGGGUGGCCAGGCUCCCAACAUUAUACUCACUGAGCAAGAAAGGGUUUUCAAGUCUGUUAUUUCAGAUGUUUUUCCAUCCACUCUUCAUUUUUUCUCCUUGUGGCAUGUAGUGGGAAAGAUUUCAGAAACAUUGAAUAGUGUAAUCAAACAGAACGAAAACUUCAUAUCUGAAUUCGAAAUAUGCAUUUAUAGGUCGUGGACAGAGGAGGAGUUUGAAAAGAGGUGGCUCAAGCUGGUGGAUAGAUUCGAACUAAAAGAGAAUGAGUUGAUCCAGUCAUUGUAUGAAGAUCACAAAAUGUGGGUGCCUAACUUUACUAAAGAUGGUUUUUUUGCUGGUAUGUCAACAGGUCAACGGUCAGAUAGUGUGAAUUCUUUCUUUGACAAGUAUGUACAUAAGAAAACAACUGUGCAAGAGUUCGUAAAACAAUAUGAUGCCAUUCUGCAAGAUAGGUAUGAAGAGGAAGCAAAGGCCUCUUCUGAUACAUGGAACAAGCAGCCUGCUUUGAAGUCCCCUUCACCGUUCGAGAAGCAUGUAGCUAGCCUUUAUACUCAUUCUGUAUUGAGGAAAUUUCAAGUUGAGGUAUUGGGUGCUGUAGCAUGUAUACCUAAGAAAGAGGAACAAGUUGAUGCGAUGGUCACUUUCAAAGUACAAGAUUAUGAGAGGAAUCAAGACUUUAUUGUCACAUUGAACGAGUUGAAAUCUGAAGUGUCCUGCAUAUGCCGCUUAUUUGAACUGAAAGGUUUCCUUUGUAGACAUGCAAUGAUUGUUCUUCAAAUCUGUGGCAUCUCAACAAUACCUUCACAAUAUAUUUUGAAACGGUGGACCAAAGACGCCAAGAGCAGAUACUCGAUGGGGGAAGGGUCUGAGCAGGUACACUCAAGGCUGCAGCAAUAUAAUGAUCUUUGUCAAAGGGCUAUGAAAUUGGGUGAAGAAGGAUCAUUAUCACAAGAGAGUUACAAUCUGUCUCUUCGUGCACUUGAUGAAGCUUUUGAGAACUGUUUGAAUGCCAACUACUCCAGUAAGAAUCUUCUAGAAGCUGGACCUUCUGCUUCCCCGGGUAUUUUGUGCAUCGAAGAUGGCAUUCAAAGUGGGAGUUUGAGCAAGACAAAUAAGAAGAAGAAUACAACUAAGAAGAGAAAGGUUAACAUGGAGCCAGAUGUUAUUACAGCUGGCACGGCAGAUAGCUUACAACAAAUUGAAAAACUGAGUUCUCGACCUGUAAAUCUGGAUGGAUUUUUUAGUCAUCAUCAAGGUGCUCCGGGAAUGCUGAACUUAAUGGGUCCCACACGCGAUAGUUACUUCGGGAACCAACCAGCCAUUCAGGGACUAGGCCAGCUGAACUCCAUCGCACCUACCCACGAUGGCUACUAUGGCACUCAGCCCGCCAUGCCUGGAAUGGGGCAUAUGGAGUUUUUCCGCCCUACAAAUUUCGGCUAUGGCAUUCGGCAGGACGAUCCGAAUGUGAGAUCCGCGCAGCUGCACGACAACGCACCAAGACACGCUUGAGAAAUUCUUUUUCUCUCCAUUGGUAACGUCUCUUGUUGUAUGUGUGCCAAAUGGGAGCGUCUCUUGACUUAACUGUAUAGUAAGUGAACAUAGACUGUGCAGCAGCGUUUAAUUUCGUUGUCUCGGCGUUGUCGUAAACGGUCGCUCCCGGCGAUGAGUGCUGCGCCGUGUUGUAGCGAUAGUAGCAAGCUGUAUUUUUAGUUAAUUUCCGGUAAAUCUAAGAUUCCUGUGAAGAAGAGAGCAUUGCUGAGUUGAUAUUUGCUUAGUUUUAUGCUUA